UAAGCAUUCACGAAUAAACAAGAUGGCGUAUAUUUCUUAAACAUGUGUUCUUGAUCGUUUCAUUUGGAGUAGAUAUUUUUGUAUAGUAAGUUUAUAGAACAAGUUAGCUAGUUGCUAAUACAUUUAGCAAGGAGGUAUAUACUAAUACCAUUAUUGAUUAUACCAUGAUAAAAGAAAAUCGUUACUAAUUUAUCUAUCUAACUCGACACGCUUUCAGUUAAUCUUACUUGAAAAUUGGAUAUUCUAGUAGUAAAAAUAUAAAACGGUUCUAUUAAUAUUAGGUAUCGAGUAUAUCCGAAUCUAUGAUGCGCAGUCCUCGUGAUUGGCCAUGCUGACAUAGAAACUAGCUGUCUUUAGCCUUCAGAUCUGACUCAAUUCCCAAUCAUAUUUUGACACGUCAUCUUUUUCCAAAACUCGAACAGAGCAUCGAAGCACUUGUUCGCGGCGCCUUGUAUCUGUUUUCCUUCUCCCACCAUUCAGAAUCAAGAGAAACAAGAAGAACAAAAAACAUUUUUCCUCUCCCUCCUCCUCCUUAAACCAAUGGAUCGGCAAAAUUCCGAUGAUAUCAUGAAGUUUCUCGACGGCAUGGCUAGCUCCGACGAUGUUCUUUUUGGUUUUCUUGACGAAGGAAACCACUCACCGGAGGAUUACUCUGACGCCGGUAACUUCACCGCCAGCGAAGAAUCCGAUGCUGACAACGAAGACGCCGGUUGCAAUUCCGAAGAGAACAAAACGUUUUGGCAAGAACAAGAACAACUUCUUCAGGCGACACUGUAUAGGACAAGUUCAAUUGAGACAAAGAUUCGACAAGCAACCAAGGAAGCGUUGAGAGAAGUGAAAUCAAAAGGUCUACAAUGUGUUUGCCGGAAUCCGGUGACCGGCGGUUGCCGUAGCUGUUUGCGCGGCGAAGUAUCAAGCCGCCUCCAAGACGCCGGCUAUGAUUGCGUCAUCUCCAAAUCCAAGUGGAGAAGCUCCCAUGAGAUCCCUGCAGGUGAGCACGAAUAUUUGGAAAUCUUGGACAGAUCCGGUUCGAAAAAAGGCGAGAUCCGGGUGGUGGUCGAGCUAUCUUUUAGGGCGGAGUUUGAGAUGUCGAGAGGCAGUGAAGAGUACAAGCGACUCGUCGGAAUAUUACCGGAAGUUUACGUCGGAAAAUACGAGAGGCUAAAAUCAUUGAUAAAGAUACUGUGUACGGCGGCGAAGAAGUGUAUGAAAGAGAAGAAAAUGCACUUGGGUCCAUGGAGAAAACACAAGUACAUGCAGGCCAAGUGGCAUGGCACUAGCGAGAGAAAAUCUAUGACGCCUGUUUCUGAGACGGAGACGGAGGAGGAUAGGUGUCCCAAGGCAAAGCAAAGGGUUUCUAUGUUGCAAUAUGGUCUUUUUGGUAGUUUAUCUACCGGAAUGGGCCAUCCGGCCGCCGUAGCGGUCGUGUGAUUAUGUAUUUAUAUACGUAAGAAUACAAUAAAUAAGUUUAGGAGAGGGAUAGUGAAAUGAGUUUCCUAUUAGUUGUCGUCUCAGCGAUGGUUUUGCGUGUGCCCAAACAGGCCAACUUCUUGCACCAUUGUAAUGUUUACACGUUUUAAUUUCUUUGGUCAGAAGAAAUGGAUGAUUUUCUAGAAGUCAACACGGUUUUGUAGAAUCACUUAUAUCUUUUUUUAUUUGGCAAAUUAGCUAAACGUGAAUAAAUUCAAGUAGAUUAUACAUAGAAAAACAUUAGUAUUUGGUGGUGAAUUAACGUGUUAAUGAUUCCACAAUAUUGGAGCUGUGAUCAAACCUACACUAUUAAUAUGCAAUGACUACAGAGUAUGUGCA